AUGAACUGGGGGAUCUUUGAGGGGCUCCUGAGUGGGGUCAACAAGUACUCCACUGCCUUCGGGCGCAUCUGGCUGUCCCUGGUCUUCAUCUUCCGCGUGCUGGUAUACCUGGUGACAGCUGAGCGUGUGUGGAGUGACGACCACAAGGAUUUUGACUGCAACACCCGCCAGCCAGGCUGCUCCAAUGUCUGCUUCGAUGAGUUCUUCCCCGUGUCCCACGUGCGCCUCUGGGCCCUGCAGCUCAUCCUGGUCACGUGCCCCUCACUGCUCGUGGUCAUGCACGUGGCCUACCGCGAGGCUCGGGAGAAGAAGCACCUAGAGGCAGCUGGGGAAGAUGCUGGGCACCUCUACCUGAACCCCGGCAAGAAGCGGGGAGGGCUCUGGUGGACGUAUGUCUUUAGCCUGGUGUUCAAGGCCAGCGUGGAUGCCACCUUCCUCUACGUGUUCCACUCAUUCUACCCCAAAUACACCCUCCCUCCUGUGGUCAAGUGCCAUGCAGCUCCAUGUCCCAAUAUAGUGGACUGCUUCAUCUCCAAGCCCUCAGAGAAGAACAUCUUCACCCUCUUCAUGGUAGUCACAGCUGCCAUCUGCAUCCUGCUUAACCUCGUGGAGCUGGCCUACCUGGUGGGCAAGAGGUGCUGCAAGUGCCUGGCAGCAAGGAGAGCCCGCACUGCAUGCUGGGGGCAUCACCCGGACUGUGCCACCUCUUCUUGCAAACAUGACAACGUCCUCUUGGGUGACCUCAUCCUUCUGGGCUCAGACACUCACUGUCCUCUUUUACCCGACUGCCCCCAAGACCACGUGAAGAAAACUGUCCUGUGAGGAGCUGCCUAGACUGGGCUGAGAGGUUGAGCCUGGACUGGAAAGUUCCAGCAUCUCUCAUAGGUGCAGCCUGGAGGUCUCAAGCGGGGUCAGGCAGGAGGGAGGAUUUAAACAGCCUGAAAUCAAAUCCCUAUUCCUCAGCUCUGGCCACCUGCCCCAGCUGUGUGGCCUUGGGCAUGUUACCCCUCUGCUCGGCACCUCAGUUUCCUUUUCUG